CAGUAACAUAAUACCGGCGGACUCUUCGGAUCAGUGGCCCGAACGACGAGGGGGUAAAUCGAGACUGUUUUACAGGCUACACCAUGAGUCAAGGAAAGGACAAUGCACGACUCCGAAGCUAUAAGAACAAUUCACUUAACACAGACGAGAUGAGGAGGAGGAGGGAGGAGGAAGGCCUGCAGCUACGCAAACAGAAGAAAGAUGAACAGCUGUUCAAACGGAGGAAUGUGGCCACAGUGAAGGAAGACUGCACACUGGAGGAUGAUGGGAUGUCAGACAGCGGCUACCUGGAAUCGCAGGCCAAUAACAUGGAACAAAUCACGGGUGGUGUUAUAUCUGAGGACAUGACCCAGAUGAUCUUCUCCAGCUCUCCAGAACAACAGCUUAUGGGAACACAGCGCUUCAGAAAGCUUUUGUCUAAAGAGCCCAACCCCCCUAUUGAUGAGGUCAUUGCCACACCCGGUGUAGUGGAGCGCUUUGUGGAGUUUCUGAAGAGGAAGGAGAACUGCACACUACAGUUUGAAGCAGCGUGGGUCUUGACAAACAUCGCCUCUGGUACGUCUCACCAGACACGCGUAGUGAUCCAGGCUGGUGCUGUGCCCAUCUUCAUAGAGAUGCUCAGCUCUGACUUCGAGGAUGUCCAGGAGCAGGCGGUGUGGGCGUUGGGGAACAUUGCAGGAGACAGUACAGAGUGCAGAGACUACGUGCUGGAUUGCAACAUCCUUCCCUCACUUAUACAGCUCUUGACCAAACAGAAUCGCUUGACUAUGAUGAGGAACGCAGUGUGGGCUCUGUCUAAUCUGUGCAGAGGCAAGAACCCACCUCCAGAUUUUACCAAGGUGUCACCGUGCCUGAGCGUGCUCUCCUGGCUGCUCUUUGUGAAUGAUACAGACAUUCUGGCUGAUGCGUGCUGGGCGCUCUCCUACCUGUCUGACGGGCCCAAUGAAAAGAUCCAGGCUGUUAUAGACUCGGGCGUGUGCCGCAGACUGGUGGAGCUGCUACUACAUUCAGAUUAUAAGGUAGUCUCUCCUGCGCUUCGGGCUGUGGGGAACAUCGUCACAGGAGAUGACGUUCAGACACAGGUGAUCUUGAACUGUUCAGCCCUUCAAAGUCUCCUUCACUUGCUAUGUAGCCCUAAGGAGUCCAUUAAGAAAGAAGCCUGCUGGACAAUCUCCAAUAUUACUGCUGGGAACCGGGCACAGAUACAGAUGGUGAUAGACGCAGGUUUGCUUCCUCCUCUUAUCACUAUCCUUCAGGUGGCUGAGUUCCGGACGAGGAAGGAGGCGGCGUGGGCCAUCACCAAUGCCACAUCUGGGGGCUCUGCUGAGCAGAUCAGGCAUCUGGUGGAGCUGGGUUGCAUCAAGCCUCUCUGUGACCUUCUGACCCUGAUGGACUCCAAGAUUGUGCAGGUGGCGCUGAAUGGCCUGGAGAACAUCCUCAGACUGGGAGAGCUGGAGGCCAAGCGAGGAGGAGGAAUCAACCCGUACUGCGCCCUCAUCGAGGAAGCAUAUGGUCUGGAUAAGCUGGAGUUCCUGCAGGGCCACGAGAACCAGGAGAUCUACCAGAAAGCAUUCGACCUGAUCGAGCACUACUUCAGCCCUGAGGAUGAGGAUCCAGCCCUGGCCCCUGCUGUCGACUUGCAGCAGCAGCAGUUCCUCUUCCAGCAGUGCGAGGCUCCCAUGGAAGGCUUCCAGCUCUGAGCACCAGAAAAGCCACAGCAGAGAGAGUUCUUAAUAUCUAUAAUGAUUAUAAAGAGUGUGACGUUGCAAGAGCCUGUGUUGCUGGUCGACUUCCUUAACCUUUACCUUUCCUGCUCCCUUCACACCUGCUGUCACUGGUUUUGAAGAACGGCUUCAGGAAAAUCGAACCAGAUUAAUCCAAAAAAUGACCACCAGAGCAGCUCUGGAACCUUUGAAAGACUCCCGUAUUGGCCACCUUGCAUUAAUUCCCACCAUGGACACCCCCCCCCCCC